UUUGAGUAGUCCUCUCAGAGUUCUCCGUUACUUGUUUCCAUCCACAUAUAAACUUCAAGAAGUAGUUGCGCGUCAAAUGGCGAUUCCGGUGAUCGAUUUCUCGCAGCUCAGUGGCGAGGAGAGGGUCAAGACAAUGGCUCAGAUUGCCAAUGGCUGUGAAGAAUGGGGUUUCUUUCAGCUGGUGAACCAUGGGAUACCAGAGGAGCUGCUGGAGAGAGUGAAGAGAGUGUGUAAUGAGUUCUACAAGUUGGAGAGAGAAGAGAACUUCAACAAGUCAACCCCUAUGAAGCUGUUGAAUGAGAGCAACGGUGAAAAAGUAGAGAACGUGGACUGGGAGGAUGCUAUCAAUCUCCAUGAUGACAAUGAAUGGCCGAACAACACUCCUGGUUUCAAGGAAACGAUGGUGGAAUACCGCGCAGAAGUGAAGAAGCUUGCUGAGAAGGUCAUGGAAGUCAUGGAUGAGAACUUGGGCUUGCCAAAGGGCUACAUCAAAAGCGCCUUUAACAGCGGCAACAACGAGAACAGCAAGGCCUACUUUGGGACCAAAGUGAGCCAUUACCCGCCCUGCCCGCAACCGGAGCUGGUCAACGGCCUCCGGGCCCACACCGAUGCGGGUGGGGUGAUCCUACUCUUCCAGGACGAUGCUGUCAGGGGCCUCCAGAUACUCAAGGGUGGAGAUUGGGUCGAUGUGCAGCCGCUCCCCAACGCCAUUGUCAUCAACACGGGGGACCAGAUUGAGGUUCUGAGCAAUGGCAAGUACAAGAGUGUCUGGCACCGCGUCCUCGCCAUCCCGGACGGCAACCGGCGCUCCAUCGCCUCAUUCUACAACCCGUCCCUCGCUGCCACCAUCGCCCCCGCACCGCAGCUGGUGGAGCAAGCUGGUUCUUACCCCAAGUUUGUGUUUGGGGAUUACAUGUCGGUCUACGCGGAGCAGAAGUUCCUCCCCAAAGAGCCCAGGUUCCAAGCUGUGAAGAUCAUGUAAUACUGCAUGAAAAGAAAUUUCUGUGUGAAUUACUCCAAGGGAAUAGCAUAAUUAUCUCUCUUCUUUAGGGUUAUGCAACAACUGUGGCUUUUUCUUCUCUCAACUGCUGCUUGUGUGGAGGAGAUGGGUGUGCAAGUUGUCUUUGAACUCUGAAGUGUGUGCGCUUUAGGUUUGUAAUGAUUUGUGACCACGAGAUGCUAUGAAAUGCACCCUGGUCUUUGUUUUAUGUUGUAACAGUGUUUGCACUUGUAUACAGUCUUUCAUUUUUGUUUUUUCUUCUCUUUCCCCUUGGA